CUUUCCCCGCAGCACGGUGUGCUGCUUGUCCUGGAGCUGGAGCAGCAACUUGCUGCAGGGAGCAGAACCAAAAAUGGCAGUCUCUCUUUGGAAAAGUUUACUCCAAACCACAAAGAGUAGACUAUUCCUGCAAAGAUGUGUGUCACUUUAUAACCGUGCCCAUGGCUUUGAGGAAGAAGAGAUAAAGAAAAAACUUCAGCAGUUUGGUGGUGGAUCCAUCAACCUUUCUAAGGAAGACAAUGGCAUUGGAGUCCUGACCUUGAACAACCCAAAGCUAAUGAAUGCAUUCACAGGCACUAUGAUGCUAGAACUCCAGGAGAGGGUAACUGAACUGGAAAAUUGGAAGGAUGGGAAAGGUCUUAUCAUCCAUGGUGCAGAAAAUACUUUUUGCUCAGGAUCUAAUUUGAAUGCCGUCAGAGCAAUGUCCAGCCCACAGGAUGGAAUGAACAUCUGCAUGUUUAUGCAAAACACCUUAACCAGACUCAAGAGGCUGCCUCUGAUUAGUGUUGCAUUAGUUCAAGGAAAAGCUCUGGGAGGUGGAGCAGAAUUUACCACCGCAUGUGAUUUCAGGUUAAUGACUCCAGGAAGCGAGAUUAGAUUUGUCCACAAGCAAAUGGGUUUAGUACCAGGCUGGGGUGGAGCUGCCAGGCUAGUACAAAUCGUUGGCAGUGGCGCUGCCCUGAAGCUGCUAAGUGGUGCUUUCAAAGUGGAUCCUCAGAGCGCAGUACAUCUCGGGCUGGCUGAGGAAACUUUGCCGUCUUCAGAUGAAACCAGAUCUUUAGAAGAAGCCCAAGCAUGGCUAAAUCAAUAUACAAAGGGUCCGGCCGAAGUGAUUCAGGCUGUGAAAAAGGUGGUCACAGCAGGAAGAGAGCGACAGUUCGAAGCUGCUUUACGGGCAGAGAAGGACAUUUUUGGAACCGUUUGGGGUGGGCCUGCCAAUUUGCAGGCCUUCGCUCAAAGCACAAAACACAAAUGAUUAACUGUCAAUGCAUAAGAAAAAUGUUUUUGAUCUUUUGCAAACAAAGCCUCCACUAAAGCAGGCGUU